AGAAAAAUGGAGCUUAGCAGCGGGAAUGAAAAGCAGUUGUACCAAAACGUCAUCGUAAUGAGGCACGGGCCACGCCUCGAUAACUUUGACAAGAGUUGGACUAGCGGCGCAAACUCCGACCGUCCCUGGAACCCACCGCUAUACGACGGCGACGAGUUCAAGAACCUUUACUCAGAGACGGCGAAGAAGAUUUGGGAAGAGGUCGGAGCCCCGAUCCACCGCGUCAUCGUCUCCCCUUUCCUCCGCUGCCUGCAGACGGCGUCCAGGACCAUCGAAGCCCUCUCCUCCCAAGAACUGUUGUCCUCCUCAACCACCGCCGGCGUCGUACAUUUCAGUCCUCCCCAAAUUAAGGCAUCAGUUGAGUAUGGAUUAGCAGAAAUGAUGAACAAGAUAGCAAUAUGGGUACCUCCUCAAGAUGGAGAUUUUAAAUUUGUAAUCUCAGAAUGCGAGACUCACUUACCACCGGAAACCCUACGUCACAGUACUACACAACAAGUCUAUGAGAAGCUACCGGAGUGGGAAGAGACGCAAGAAGUUGCAUGGGAUAGGUAUAAUAAAGUUGUUCGUGCACUUGCUGAUAAAUAUCCUCGUGAGAACUUGUUGUUGGUCACACAUGCCGAAGGAAUAAUGGCUUUGGCAUCUACAUUCAUAGAAGGUGGGCGUGCACGAGCGGAUUAUUGUGGAUAUGUACACUUAAGAAGACCUGUUAUCAAUUUCGUGUUACAGGGCCAGUCUCACAUUACAUUGCGUGGAAAUUAAAGUGAUGAAUCAUUAUUACCAUCAUCAUAUGCGCUUAUGAAUAAUCUACCCUAUUCUUACCGAUGAGAUUCUUCUUCUUUAGUUUCAAACAUUUCAUUUUCAUAUCUUUGUAAUGAACCUCUUAAUGUGUGGAAUUUUAUUUUUAAUUGUUCUAU